AUGCUGGAGACCUAUAGCAACCUCAUGUUCUUGGGGCUCUGUGUACCUAAACCAGAAUUGAUUGUGAGGCUGGAGCAAGGUUCAGAACCAUGGAUAAGAGAAGCCUCAGACAAGAAUUUCACAGCCGUGCUUCUAGAGUCUUCUGUUCAUUGUCAGCAGCAAGACAGAAUGAAUGGAUCUCUGAAGCUGAUGUCAUUUGAUGAUGUGGCUGUGGACUUCACCUGGAAGGAGUGGCAGGAUCUCGAUCCUGGUCAGAGGGCCCUUCAUAGAGAAGUGAUGCUGGAGACUUAUAGCAACCUAAUGUACUUGGGUGAGCAAAGGUCACUUUUAUUUGUAAGAUCAAGUGUUUUUAUUUUAGUAGACAUUUGA